ACCAAAAUACCCUCCCCUUCCCUAGGGUUUAUCCCCCUUCUCCGGCACCCAAAACCUCCAUGGCCGGAGCUCCAAAUUCCGCCGCCACCGCUGCCUCCCCGUUCCCCUCCCCACCCCUACUGCGGACCCUUUCCAUACACACCCCGAACGCCGCCGCCGCCGCCUCAUGAUCCGCCGCCACGCGGCGGCGGCGACAGCCCUUCGCGCCCACCUGCGCCGCGCCUGCUCGUCCCACGCCGCCGACCCCGACGAUCAGCUGCUUGGCCUCGUCGAGGCCCCCAAGACGCACCCCAGAUCCCGCCUCUCAGCCAAAGACCUCGCCUUUCUUAAGGAGCCCACGCCACCCCUCCCCGCCGCCGCCCUCCCGCCCCCGGAGGCCGUCCUCAUCUCCAAGGCGAUCAGAGCCUACGCCACCGACUUCGACGGCAGUGCGGAGCGGUUCCUGCGGCGGUACCGGGAAUACCUGACCGAUGCCGUGGUGGUCGCCGUGCUGCGGUUGGUGCGCGCCCCGGAGAUUUGUGUCAGGUUCUUCCUUUGGGCUGAGCGGCAGGUGGGGUACAGCCACACCAGUGCCUGCUACGACGAGCUCGCGGAGGCACUGAGUUUUGAGGACCGUGCUAGGACCGCUGAGAGGCUGCUGAGGGAGAUUGGGGAGGAUGACCGUGAGGUGCUCGGCAGAUUGCUCAAUGUGCUUGUGCGGAAAUGCUGCCGUCAUGGAGCAUGGACCGAGGCAUUGGAGGAGCUUGGGAGGCUGAAGGAUUUUGGGUAUAGGCCAUUGGGUGCGACCUACAACGCUCUGGUGCAGGUGCUUGCAACAGCAGGGCAGGUGGAUAUGGGGUUCAGGGUGCAGAAGGAGAUGUCUGAAUCGGGAUUCUGCAUGGAUAAGUUCACAGUUGGGUGCUUUGCUCAGGCUCUAUGCAAAGAGGGGCGAUAUUCAGAUGCUCUUGACAUGAUAGAGAGGGAGGAUUUCAAACUUGACACAGUGUUGUGCACCCAGAUGAUCAGUGGACUGAUGGAAGCCUCCCUUUUUGAUGAGGCGAUUUCAUUCCUCCACAGGAUGCGGUGCAACUCAUGCAUUCCCAAUGUCGUCACAUACAGGACAUUGCUCUCUGGAUUUUUGAAAAAGAAGCAGCUUGGCUGGUGCAAAAGGGUAAUCAACAUGAUGAUGAAGGAGGGUUGUAAUCCAAACCCUUCAUUGUUUAAUUCACUCGUGCAUAGUUAUUGCAAUGCCGGGGAUUACCUAUAUGCUUAUAAACUUUUAAAGAGGAUGGCUGCUUGUAGUUGCCCUCCUGGCUAUGUCGUAUACAAUAUUUUUAUUGGAAGCAUCUGUGGUGGGGAGGAAUUGCCGAACCCUGAAUUGUUGGCUUUGGCAGAGAAAGUUUAUGAGGAGAUGCUGGCUUCCAGUUGCGUUCUUAAUAAGGUUAACACUGCCAAUUUUGCUCGAUGCCUUUGUGGUGUGGGGAAGUUUGAUAAGGCGUUUCAGAUCAUUAAAGUGAUGAUGAAAAAAGGUUUUGUACCUGAUACAAGCACAUACUCUAAGGUGAUUGCUUUUUUGUGUCAGGCUAUGAAGGUAGAAAAAGCUUUCCUUUUGUUCCAAGAGAUGAAGAAUGUCGGUGUCAACCCUGAUGUUUAUACAUAUACAAUUUUGAUUGAUAGCUUUUGUAAGGCUGGUCUCAUUGAACAAGCACAAAGCUGGUAUGAUGAGAUGAUGAGUGUGGGCUGCUCCCCAAAUGUAGUAACAUACACUGCACUGCUUCAUGCUUACCUGAAAGCAAAGCAGCUAUCUCAAGCUAGUGACUUCUUUCACAGAAUGGUUGAUGCUGGCUGUCCUCCCAAUGCGAUCACCUACAGCGCUCUAAUUGAUGGCCUCUGUAAGGCAGGUGAAAUAAAAAAGGCUUGUGAAGUCUAUGCCAAAUUGAUAGGAACUUCUGGCAGUGUAGAAUCUGAAUUUUACUUUGAAGGCAAGCACACAGAUGCCGUUGCUCCAAAUGUUGUUACAUAUGGUGCACUAAUAGAUGGUUUGUGUAAGGCGCACAAAGUGGUCGAUGCUCAUGAAUUGCUAGAUGCUAUGUCAUUGACUGGGUGCGAGCCAAAUCACAUUAUAUAUGAUGCUUUGAUUGAUGGAUUUUGCAAAGUUGGAAAGAUUGAUAAUGCUCAGGAGGUAUUUCUGAGGAUGACUAAGUGUGGUUACUUGCCUACCGUGCAUACAUACACCUCCUUAAUUGAUGCAAUGUUUAAGGGCAAAAGGCUUGAUCUAGCCAUGAAAGUUCUCUCUCAGAUGUUGGAGGGUUCUUGCACUCCUAAUGUUGUCACUUACACAGCUAUGAUCGAUGGACUUUGUAGAAUAGGUGAAAGUGAAAAGGCCUUAAAGCUGCUGUCAAUGAUGGAAAAGAAGGGAUGCAGCCCAAAUGUUGUAACUUACACUGCACUAAUAGAUGGAUUAGGAAAAUCUGGUAAAGUUGAAAUAGGCCUUCAGCUUUUUACACAAAUGAGCACAAAAGGGUGUGCUCCUAACUAUGUUACCUACAGAGUACUGAUAAACCAUUGCUGUGGUGCUGGUCUUUUGGACAAGGCCCAUUCACUGCUCACUGAAAUGAAGCAAACUUACUGGCCAAAAUAUUUGCAAGGAUACAGCUAUGCGGUUCAAGGUUUUAGCAAGAAGUUCAUUGCUUCUCUUGGAUUGUUGGAGGAGAUGGAGUCACAUGGCACGGUGCCAAUAGCUCCAGUUUAUGGGUUGCUCAUUGAUAAUUUCUCUAAGGCUGGCAGACUGGAGAAAGCCUUGGAGUUGCAUAAAGAGAUGAUAGAAGUCUCACCAUCACUAAACAUAACCAGCAAGGUUGCGUAUGCUUCAUUAAUCCGGGCACUUUGUUUGGCAUCUCAUCUUGAAGAAGCAUUUGAAUUAUAUAGUGAAAUGGCGAGAAAAGGUGUUGUGCCAGAGCUAAGUGUCUUUGUUUGCCUUAUAAAGGGUCUAGUCAAAGUGAAUAAGUGGAAUGAAGCCUUGCAGUUGUGUUACAGCAUAUGUCAUGAGGGUGUAAACUGGCAGGACAACAACUCUUUUGAUGGAGGAUAGAGCUGUGUUGCCUUACUUGUCUUACUCCAAGUGACAGCAUUGUUCCUAAGAGCUUAUUUUCAAUGGGGCAUUUUGGUCCCAUGAUUUAGUUCUCUUUCAACAGUAUUCUAAAUAAAUACCUGAACGCUAAACAUUCCCCCAUGGAGCCAUCAAUUCUGAUCAUUGGAAGAUCGCAGUUGGAUGUGGUGACCUAGGAGAAAAAGAGCCGAGGAUGAAAAUGUGCAAAGAGAACAGAGGACUCAGAAGCAGUACAUGAUGACUGAAUUGAUUCUUAAAACUGUUUGUGGGCAUAUAUGGCCUUUCUGGAUGCUGAAGGAUAAGGUGAAGACCUUCAAAACAUUGUACAUAGUGAAGCUGCACUCAUGUUUCUCUUUUUUAUAUGGUAUAGGCCUAGCUGGUUCAUCUUCACCUCGACAGAGGAUCAUCUCAAUGGUUACCAAGAUGAUGGUUACAUAAAAUCUGCAAUGUGCAGUGAAGGCAACUUCUGAAGUUCAUACUUCACAAUUCUCUAUCCACCAAUUCGAAAUACAUCCUUCUGCUUCCUUCGAAUGCUGCUCUCAUGAUAGAGCAAUAAAGAUAUUAUGUAACUACAAAGGCAUACUCAAAUACAUUGAUGUUUCACUGUACAAAUCAGUGACUGAAGAAAUGAAGAGAUUCUAAGGAAUGCAGGGCUCUUCAUACCAUUGAUUAGCCAGGGCGCUGCCUUUUGAAUUGGUAAAGUAGUGAUUGGUAGUCGCAUCAUAUCUGAAUGCUUCUGGCAUUCUGUUACAUGUGCUUUCUUACAUGUAAUUUCCAAUAAACAUUGUAUCUUUAGUAGAUGCUCUAAAUGGCAUAAGUUUCUGACCGACGUCAUGCCACUGCCCACUGGAUGGUUUGAAUCCUUUGCUGCCAGGAUUGCUGGUGUGCUGUUUCAUGCCUACUGGAUGCAUUUUGGUGAACUGUUUAUAUUUUAUGAAAAGGGAAGAUUAAUUAUUAGUCGAGUGUUGCCACUUCUUUCAUUGGUUUGUGAAGGCUGUGAAGCAGAUUUGUGGGGCUCAUACGGUUAUCAUGGAGAGUUGCAGAGCAUAGAAAGAAAGUUGAUCAUGGUGCAGAUGUGAUGAUUUGUUCUUUUUGAAUAAAUCCGAGGUCUCAUGGACGAUUUACUUUUGGACA